UUGUUCAAUUUCUAGGGUUUAUAUGAUGUCAAUUUCGCAUUCUGAUUUGAAUUAUUUACUUUCUUGUUUGAUUGAAGUAUUUUUUUUCUCUUUUUGUUGAUAUUCUGCUGAAUUUGAUGGUAUACAUUGCUAUUAUUGCAUGUUAUUUGUUGUUAUUUUGUGUUUUCAACCCAAAUUUUGAUUUAAGCUUAAAUUAGAUGGUAUAAUUUGCUAUUAUUAUUUGGUUUCUUUUAUCAGUGUUGAUGAAUCAAUACUUACUGAUGUUUUAUUCUGCAAAUUUCUAUUUUAUGCUAUUAUAAUUUCCUAUUAUUAUUUGUCUUCUUUUCCCCCAAAUUUCGAUUUGAUGCUUAAUAGUAAUACUUACUGAUUUUGUUCUGCAAAUCAGCUUUGUUUAGCAAAAGUCAAUGGUAAAUAAUUGAAUAAAAAAGUAUCCAUAAAACAAUAACAAUGCAUUUCAAAUGUUAUUGUGUGCUGCUACUAUUGAGGCAGAUUGUUAAUGUUGUUUGGUUGCUAUUGCUUUGCUGGUUUUUAAGGUAGAUUGGGUCUCUAAUUUUUGUUACUUGAUUGAAUUGCUAUUGUACUAGUGUACAUUUUUGUGAUACUAGUGUAUAUUGAUACUAGUGUACAUUUUUUGGAUUGAUUUUUCAAGGUUUCUACAAUGCCUCGACUUAUGCGUUCCAUAAGGAAGAAAAAGCUAAAACAAAUACAACUAGUUAUUUCAAUGGUUAUUAUUAUUUUGAUGAUGUAUUGGAUGUGGCAUAUGAUGUGUGUUGUUACAAUAAAGGGUGUUCAAAUAAAAGAAAGGAAAAGAAAUAAAAAAUUGUUACGAAUGUUAGUAUUGAGAGGGCUUUAUAUAGGGAGAGUGAUGUGAAAUGCAAGAGCGAGCUUCGCGUUAAUAGAAGAACUUUUAAUAUUAUUUGUGAGAUGCUUAGAGACAUUGGGGGUUUAAGUGGAACAAAAAACAUGUCGCUUCAAGAGAUAGUAGCCAUGUUUUUAUACACGUUGGCUCAUCAUAAGAAGAAUAGGUCUAUUGGACAAUACUUCUUCAGAAGUGGAGAAACCGUGAGCCGACAAUUUCACCUUUGUCUAAGGGAUUUUCUCAAGUUGCAUGAAGUACUACUUUACAAUCCCACACCAAUAUCAGAUGAUUGUGAAGAUGAAAGGUGGAAAUCCUUCAAGAAUUGUUUAGGGGCAUUAGAUGGGACUUACAUUAAUGUAAAUGUGCCUUCACAAGAACAACCAAAGUAUAGAAUAAGAAAAGGAACAAUUGCUAUGAAUGUAUUGGGUGUUUGUGCACCUAAUAUGCAAUUUAUUUAUGUUCUUCCUGGUUGGGAAGGUUCGGCCCAUGAUAUGCGUGUACUUCGAAAUGCUCUUUCUGGACCAAAUGGUUUUAGGGUACCUCGAGGGUGUACGAAUUGUGAGGGUUUUCUUGCUCCAUAUAGAGGUCAAAGAUACCAUUUAAAAUAAUGGAUGGAUCGACAACCCAAAAGUGCCGAGGAAUUCUAUAACAUGAAACAUGCUAGGCGCGAAAUGUGAUUGAGAGAUGUUUUGGCCUACUUAAAGGAAGAUGGAGUAUACUUAGAAGUCCCUCGUUUUUCCCUAUUCGAACUCAUGGACGUAUUGUGAUGGCUUGUUGCUUAUUGCAUAAUCUAAUUAGAAAAUUCAUGCCUACGGAUGAUAUAAAAGAAGAUGAAUUGAGUGAAUCUGAUGAUGAUUCCGAGAGUGAUUCUGAUGAUGAGAGGGAGUUUAUUACAAGUGUUCCUACUUCAGAUCAUUGGACCAAUUUUAGAAACACAUUAGCCCAAGAUAUGUUUAACGAUUGGAGGGCCAGAGGUAGACAUGGUCAAUAACACAAAAAAUGGAGGAUAGUCAAGCUAAGGGUGAGGCAAGCAAUCGAGGAAGAGGCAAAAAUAAAAGGUAUUGGACGUAUGAAGAAGACGCGGUUCUAAUAAGAUAUUUGCAUGAGUUGAGUUGCGAUCCGAAGUGGAAGUAUGAGAAUGGGUUUAAGAAUGGUUACAUGAAUAAGUUGGAAUAGAUGAUCAAUGGUGUACUUCCUAAUUGCAGCUUGAGAGCGGUUCCCCACAUUGAGUCAAGGAUCAAGCAUUGGUCGGAGAAAUAUAGUGCAUUGGCGGAAAUGUUAUCCACCUCAGGAUUUAGAUGGGAUGUUGAGAAGAAGAUUCUACAAGUAGAUAAGUUAUUGUUCGGCGGAUGGGUAAAGGUAUGAACUGCUCUUUGCUUCUUGCUUAUUGAAAAUUGGUCAAAUCAUGUUGCUAGCUAAUUAAUGCAAAAUUUAGUUUUAAUCUGCUUGGCUCUAUGUCUAACAUGGACUUUGCCUAAAUUGCUAGUGUUGAUAAUCUGAUGUCUACAAACUGGUAUAGCUUGGCAAAACUUGUAUGAAAUGUUGUGACAAUUGAUGGCUUUUGGCUAUAUAGGAGUAUAGGACCAACUCGUCGACCUAAGUACACAAUCGUUUUCGACAGGGCAAAGAUAUAAAGAUUUUCAAAAACCUAUAAGAAAUCUGUACAGGGAAAAUGUUAAAUGAAUUACAAUAACAAACAAGAUUUAAACUAAAUAUGGUGAAUGUUGAAUUGUUUGCCAAAUUGAGAAUAUAAAGUUAUCAAGUUUAUGUUUUUAUAAUUAAUUAACUUGGAUAUUUCAAAACCUAAACUAUAUGCUGUUGUCAUGUUAGUAUGAAAGGAUAACUAUCAAUCAAGGCCUUAAGGGUACUGAAGUUGUUAGAAUUGUUUUAGCUCUUUAUACACCAUUAGUUGUUUUUGCAAAUGAAAUAUGAUAAGUUGGAUUUGUGACAGUCUACCAGACAUACCCCAAAUGCUAAUAGGUUUCAUGAGGUUGUCAUCUGUGGUGGGUUUUGUGAAGGGUGAAAAGCUCCUGGACUGAUAAGUUUGUAAGCCAUACCCUUGAUUUGGAAUAAGGCAUUGAUUGGCCUAGUACUUUACAACAAAUGUUGUAGCUGCUUUAUUGUCUUUUAGGAUUAUGCUCCAAUAAACAUAUGUUGUAUUUUACAUGUUAUGACUUGUUGCAGACUCAUAAGAAAGUUAAGGGGUUGUUUGGAGUUCCUUUCGUUCAUUAUGACACUCUAGCAGAAAUUUAUGCAAAAGACAAAACUACCGGAGAUGCAAGUGAGUCGUUUGUUGAUGCUAUAGAAGAUAUGGAUCAAGAGAUUCAUAAGCAACCAUUGAAUGUCGAGAGUGAUGAAGAAGAUGAUGUGAAUUCUACUCAUUCGGACACUUAUUCUUCUACAAGUUAAUCUAGAAAAUGUCCCAUGAAGAUAAAGGAUGAUCAUUCAAGUACUCCUUCAAAAAUGGCAAAAGUGAAGGCUUCUACGAUUCAUUCUUCCGCAAGUGAUUCCACUACUCAAUCCGGAAAACGUUCUACAAAGGCGAAGAAGGCUAAGGUAAAGGGAAGAACAAGGUAGAUUUGAAGAGUUUUUGUAGGAAUGAUGAUGAUGAUUUGGUGGCCUCCCUCCAUGAUGUUUCUAACAAUUUUGGGAAGAUAUUUGAAAAUAUCAAUGUUAAUCUUGGGACUAUGGCUAGUGCAUGGUCUAAAGCGGAAGAAAGAGAGCAAAGGAUGGAUGAAAAAGUGAACAAGGAUUUGGAUGAGGUGAUGAAAUUAGAUGGAAUUUCUCCAUCUGAAGCUUUAGAGGUUGCUACAAUUCUCAUGGCGGAAGAACAUAAGAUUCGCAUCUUCUAUCAAGCUCCAACUAAUAUGAAGAAACAAUAUGCAAUUGAUUUCUUAAGAAGAAGUAGAAAGUUUUGUCCUAAGUUGUUGUUAUUUGAGUUAAUGUUUUAAUGGUUUUUAAAUGCCUUUUGUUUUUUUUAUUUAAAGAAUACUAGAAUUUCAAUGCUUUUGUAAUCAACAAUUUAUGUAACUUUGCCUAUAUCUAGCAUAUGAUAUAUUAUGGUGAUC